AUGAAUUUCCUGAAAGAACUUGGGGCUAACAAUAACCCGACUUCUCGGACUUUAGAAGAGAGACGUGUCUAUCUAGGCUGCUACUAUCUGACAUCACUGUUUUCGAGCUGUGUCCGCAGUAUAGAACCAGUCCGUUGGACCAAUUACACCGACGAGUGUUGCCGUGCUAUUGAAGAAGCCGUGGAGUAUAGUAGUGACAAUUUUCUUGUCCAUUUGGUCCGAUUGUUCCGUUUCGCGGAUAAAAUUGAUGGCACAAUUUUGUCCAAUGAUCUUCACGGCGGAAGCCUGUCGUCACCGUUAAAAUUGAGUGUUCGAUGGUUCCAGGCAGAGCUUCAAUGUCUGAAAGCUUCCUUUCCACCAGAAACUCCGCAGUCUGCCAUUCUUCUACUCCACUAUCAUACUGUGGAGGUUCUUCUUUACAAAAUUUCAAUCAUCGCCGAACCAUCCCACCCCUAUGGAGAUCAGUUUUUGACUCAGUUGGAUCUUCUUCUCUCCUGCUUAAAGGCAACAAAGUCCUUUUUUAACAGUCUCUACUCCCUUCCAGCAGGCCUUUUCCCAAUAAUUCCCUACACCGUCUGGGCCCAAUUUGGCCACGCCAUCGUUGUUCUGUCUCGUCUUUCGCUUUACCGGAAUGAUCAUGGCGGCUGGGAUCAAGAGUAUGUCCGGAAUACCAUCGACUACUAUGAGACCUGCGACGAGCUCGUAAGAAAACUCCAAGAAGCUCAACCACUAUAUGAAAAUAAACAAGGGCAAAACCAACAAGGAAUGCUUGAAGUCUUCAGCAAGGUCUAUAGCCGUGUCAACUUGAUGAAAGACGUUCAUCGUCGAAGACAAGAAGCCGUGCAGCCGUCCGCAUUACCUCCGGAUCACGCGCUAGAUCCUCAGUUCAUGCUUCCCAUGUCUUUCGACGAAAUAUUUUCCUUUAGUCAGAUUGGGGAUUUCUUUAACUAG